CUUUUUCUCCUCUUUCUCUCUCUCUUUCCUCCUCUUUCCCCCUUCCCCCCAUCUCUGCUUUUCACCAAAACCACAGCAAUAUUUGGUGCUUGCCCUGAGAUUUGUUCCAAGGUUCCGGUGGUUUCAUGCAACUCUCUUGUAUGUGAUUUUUGUUCUUCAUUCCAGGCCCCCCCAAGGCAGUCCCUGCUCACAAUGUAUAGGACAAAAGUCAGUUUGAAAGACCGUCAGCAACUUUACAAACUGAUAAUUAGUCAGCUUCUCUAUGAUGGAUACAUCAACAUUGCUAAUGGCUUGAUAAAUGAGAUCAAACCACAGUCGGUCUGUGCACCCUCUGAACAACUGCUGCACCUAAUUAAGUUAGGCAUGGAGAACGACGACAGCGCUGUCCAGUACGCCAUCGGCCGCUCGGACACCGUGGCGCCGGGCACCGGCAUCGACCUGGAGUUCGACGCCGACGUGCAGACCAUGUCCCCCGAGGCGUCCGAGUACGAGACCUGCUACGUGACAUCCCACAAGGGGCCCUGCCGCGUGGCCACCUACAGCAGGGAUGGACAGCUCAUAGCCACGGGCUCGGCUGAUGCCUCCAUCAAAAUCCUGGACACCGAGAGGAUGCUGGCCAAGAGUGCCAUGCCCAUUGAGGUCAUGAUGAACGAGACAGCACAGCAGAACAUGGAGAACCACCCGGUGAUCCGGACUCUGUACGAUCACGUGGAUGAAGUGACGUGUUUAGCUUUCCACCCAACAGAACAGAUCCUGGCAUCUGGCUCAAGGGACUACACACUUAAAUUGUUUGAUUAUUCAAAACCUUCUGCCAAAAGAGCCUUCAAAUACAUCCAGGAAGCAGAGAUGUUACGCUCCAUUUCAUUCCACCCUUCUGGGGAUUUCAUCCUGGUGGGGACCCAGCACCCAACCCUUCGUCUGUACGACAUCAACACCUUCCAGUGCUUCGUGUCCUGCAACCCCCAGGACCAGCACACGGAUGCCAUCUGCUCCGUCAACUACAACGCCAGCGCCAACAUGUACGUGACAGGCAGCAAGGAUGGCUGCAUCAAACUCUGGGAUGGGGUCUCCAACCGCUGCAUCACCACCUUUGAGAAGGCACACGAUGGAGCUGAAGUCUGUUCUGCUAUUUUUUCCAAAAAUUCCAAGUAUAUCUUGUCCAGUGGGAAAGACUCUGUGGCUAAACUCUGGGAGAUAUCCACUGGUCGGACGUUGGUGAAAUACACAGGUGCUGGUUUGAGCGGCCGCCAGGUGCACAGGACUCAGGCUGUGUUCAACCACACAGAAGAUUAUGUGCUGCUGCCAGAUGAAAGGACCAUAAGCCUGUGCUGCUGGGACUCCAGGACUGCAGAGCGCAGGAACCUCCUGUCCCUGGGCCACAACAGCAUCGUGCGCUGCAUCGUGCACUCCCCCACCAACCCCGGCUUCAUGACCUGCAGCGACGACUACAGGGCCAGGUUCUGGUACAGGAGGUCCACCACGGACUAAGGAGAGCUUUCCAAGCAGGAUUGCCCAGCUCCUGCAGCCCUGUGUGAUUGUGCUGCCAACAGCUGCCUCUGGGGAAGCCGCGCUGGGGCCGCUUUGGAUUCUGCCAGACGUGGCAGGAGAAUUACAAAUAUUGAGACUUUUCACCCCGCGCUAAUUUUUUUAUUGGUGUACGGGGUUUAAUUUUUAUAAGUCAUCUCUAACUGUACUGAAGGGAGGGGGUGGAGAAUAAAAUGAUCCUGGCAGGAAGAGCUUGUUCCCCUGCCCGUCUGAAUCACACACAAGGUAAUGGGACUGUGUCCUGCUCAGAGUGGCAGAAGGAGCCGGUUCUGCUCUGUCUUGUGUCUGUGCAAUCCCACUGAACUCUGGUAGAGAA